GCUACCGCUGCUUCUAUCGAGCAUCAUGUCGAACGCUCCCAAGACCUACAAGGCCGCCGUCAUCACCAAGGCGAACGCGCCGUUCGAGAUCCACGACAUCGAGUACAAGAAGCCGCAGAAGGGCGAGAUCGUCGUCAGGGUCCUCGCUUCGGGCGUCUGCCACUCCGACUCGGUCGUCGUCCAACAGCUCAUGCCUACCGCGCUCCCCUUGACACCUGGACAUGAGAUCAUCGGAGACGUUUUCGAGGUGCCCGAGGGCGAGACGCGCUGGAAGGUUGGCGACCGCGUCGGGAGUGGAUGGCAUGGGGCACAUUGUUCGUCGUGCAAGCGCUGCGUGCGCGGCGACUUUGUCACGUGCGAGUCCGAGGGGAUCAACGGCGUCACUCGCGACGGCGGACACGCCGAGUUCGUCACCUUGCGCACCGAGGCCGUCACCUACAUCCCCGAGGACAUCGAGCCGGCCAAGGCCGCCCCUCUCCUCUGCGCCGGUGUGACCGUGUACAACUCUAUUCGCCACAUGGACGUGCACCCGGGCGACGUUGUGGCUGUCCAGGGCCUCGGCGGCCUCGGUCACCUCGCCGUGCAGUUCUCGGCCAAGAUGGGCCACAAGGUCGUCGUCGUCUCGCGCGGCACGAGCAAGAAGGACCUCGCGUUCAAGCUCGGCGCGCACCACUACAUCGACUCGGAGGCCGAGGACGCGGCCGAGGCGCUCCAGAAGCUCGGCGGCGCCAAGGUCGCUGCGUGCGUCGCUCCGUCGGGCAAGGCCAUGGAGUCGCUCAUCGGUGGUCUCGCCGUCGACGGCCAACUCGUCAUCCUCGCCGUCGCCGACAAGCUCGAGGUCCCCAUGAUGCCAAUGAUCCAGAAGCGCCUCUCGGUCCGUGGCUGGCCCGCGGGCACUGCCGCCGACUCUGAGGACACGGUCAAGUUUGCCCAGGCCUCGGGCGUCGAGUGCCAGAUCGAGACCUACCCUCUUGAGAAGAUCCAGGACGCCUACGACUCGAUGAUGAACGGCAAGGCUCGCUUCCGCGCCGUCAUCAAGUUCGACUAGGCAUCGUCCGCCUUCCUCACCCCUUGUCGGUACAGAAAUCGAGAACGAGCUUUGUCGUGCAGUGCAGUUUGUGUUUGUCCGUC